AUGAAAGCAGGGUGUGACAAGCAGUUCCGCAUGGGCGAGGAGAAGGCGGAGUUCAAUCAGUACUGGUACUCGCCGCACACCAUCAGUGCUAUUAUUGCUGAGGUGCUCCAUCACGCGACGGCGUGUGCGUUUUUGUCGACCCCGUCGCUCUACUUUGCCCUGGUGUGUGAUCCGGAGGGAACGGGGGUCACCGAUGCCUCUGCUUCUGUGGCGGGGGGAGCUGCGGCAGCACUCGCUGCCAGAAGUCGUCUGUUCGAGUUUGACCGACAGUGGGAGAAGGACCCGGGCUUCGUGCACUACGACUUCCAGAGACCGGAGCAGGUGCCGGUGCAGUACCUCGCCGCCUUUGACUACAUCUUGGCCGACCCGCCGUUCAUUACGGAGGAUGUCUGGGCUGCGUACGUGCAGACCGCCAGGCUGCUGCUUCGCCCUGGCGGCAAGCUGCUGUUCACCACCGUGCUGGAGAACCACACCAUGCUGGAGAGCCUGCUGGACGCCCCGCUCUUCAUCGCCCCGUUUCGCCCCGCCAUCACCCACCUGACAUACCAAUACGUUUGCUUCACAAGCUACAAGGCCACGAGGCUCGCACGGGUGAACUCCGAGCUUCCACCGGAGGACGAAAAGAUCAUGGCGGCUACACAAAUGGCAAAUGACCUGCGAGAGUCGGAGCGGGAGUUCGCUGCGCAGAUGCGGCAGAGGGAUCGGCAAGGCGAGGUACCGUUGCCCGUCACGCAGCACCACAACGCGCCGAGCACCGAGCUGGCGGAUCUUCCGAUUAGCGCCAUGAAGUGGGGGUACAUCCCGGCCGGGCUGACGGUGUACGCGAACGGCAGAACGACGCCCCCAGCCAACUCCGGCGACCACGACUACGGCAGCGUCUAUCGCGAGGUUGAGGCGCUGCGGGUGAUGCUGGAGAACUUCAAGCGGCUCAUUGACCUCUCGCAGAAGCACCUCGACGUCCUGCUGCGGCUGCAGCAGAAAUGCAAGAAACAAGGGGAGGGGGCAGACUCAUCCGCCGCGGAGACCGCGCUGCUGGCAGCAAAAGAAGUGUUUGCCAAGACGCUGGAGGAGAUGCGGGGAAUUGUUACGAACGUCGAGUCAAGUGAGGCACGUGUGUCGGCCGAGAACGGCGUAGCGGCGCCGAGUUAUAUUGCCGCCAUGAAGGAGUGCGUGGAGGCGUACGCGGCGGUACCGCUGCAGAAGCGGUGGCUGAACGAACUUGCGGCGGAUGCCACGCGUAAGUUCAAGUCCCCCGUGUUCAACCGAAUGAAGGAGCUGCUGCAGCGGCUGAAGGAGAUAAAGAGGCAGCAGCCAUCCUGGACGGUGGCUGCAGACGCGACACCCUCCAGUUGA